AUGACACAUUCAUCAAAAAAACACCACAUUGCUUUAACUAAAUCUUGUACUGCCAAUGGUAUUUUUACUGCUGAAAAUCAUAAUGAAACAAAUUUUAAGAAAGAAAUAAGAGAAAUUGAAAAUUUUUUAGAAAAAGAUUGGGGUAAUGAUGAUGAUAGUGAAUGGGAAGAAGAUAUAGAUCUAACGUUAUCAGAAGCUAAUUAUAAAAGGCUUUUGGAAUUAGAAUUAAUAUGGAAGAAAGAUGCUUACUUGGAAAAAAAAACACGUGGACCAUAUCUAACUGGAUCAACUAAAAAAUCUACAUUUUAUGAUAAUUAUGGACCAAGUGGAAAAUAG